GAGUCCAGAGAAAAUCCGAUAUUUACACCACCUACUCUUUAUAUGCGCUAACUCCAUAUAUUAUUCGGGGAGGAUCAUGUGGUCGGUAAGCCUGGACACCCUCUUGACUGCACAUAAUCAAUUAAAAAAUACCUAUAUUAGGUAUGUUGUUCAUGUGUUUUUUAAAUUUAUUUUUCGUGGCAAACCUUUUUUGAAAUCUAUCACACUGCCGAUGUCCUGAUAAUAUCAGGGGGAAAUUAUUACUGAUUACGCCACAAGGCUCCUUAACCAAAGGGUAACGUUGAACCAAGGAAACGAAAACGCAGCGGAGGCAGGCAGGCAGGCAGACGAAAAGAAACCGUCGUCACGGGCUCGGAGUUCGGCGAGUGUUGGCCACAGGGCGGCGCCGCUCCCACAGCCAAAACCUUCCGGCAUCUUUGCGCUCAAUUGCCAAGCUCAGCGUCUUGGCCCAAAAUGCCCGGGUCCUGCUCGGAGAUCAAAUUGCGGGGAAGAGCUCUAUGCGUCUCCUGGCUUUCCUGGGCCCUCUGGGGCAGCUUGGCCCUGGCUCCGGCUUGCGGGUACGUGAUCGUGAAUUCGGUCUCCUGGUCGGUGCCCAACGAGGUGGAAGAAGAGCUGGACAGCUCCUCCAACGAAGAGGCUCUCCCCGCCCUCCUUGAAGACACCAGCAGCAUUUGGAAGCAGAGCUACCCGGCCUCGGUGUACAAAGAAGAAGAGGAAAUGCGAACCCGGCCGGGAACGGGGAGAUCGAAGCAAAUCUCUUCGCCGUCGCGGAUGUUUUCUUACCGGAAGGAGAGCUCCAAAGGAGCAGACAGCCCAGCGCUUCCUCUGGAGCAAGCAGCCAGAACGGCCCGGUUUCUGAUGCAUCGCCACGGCUGGGGCUUCUUGGCCACGACAUCAACUCAAGAAAAGAUCCAGGGGGCACCAUUUGGGACUUGUUUAUCUAUCAGUGAUGGCCCCUCAGACAACAGCACCGGGAUUCCUUACUUUUACAUGACUCCAAAGGAUAAAACUGUAGCUGAUCUGGUGAAAAAUUCAAUUGCUUCAUUGACAUUACCUGAAGCAGAAGGAGAUUUUUGCAGAAAAACAAUUAUUGACCCUGAUGACCCAAAGUGUACCAGGCUAACUUUUAUUGGAAAUAUGGUUACAGUGCCUCCAGAAGAACUGGAAUCUGUCAAGCAAGCUCUGUUUUCUAGGCACCCCAUAAUGAGAAAAUGGCCUCGCAAUUAUGAAUGGUUCUUUAUGAAAAUGAAUAUUGAACAUAUAUGGCUACAGGACUGACCAACAUAUAAUAUACUAAGAAUGCAGCUGGCAGUUACUGUUCUGCACAUAAAUAUUAAGCUAUUGCAUGAAACCCUUACUACUUCUCAGAACUUCCUUGCUUCAGGAAAAAGAGAUCUGAAGUUUUUACUUCAUUUCCAAUAUUAUACAGUAUUUCUGCUAUUGUUUAAGUCUAAACAAGCUACAGAGUAUUAACAAUAGACUGUGAAUUUUAAAUAAUGGUUUAUAAAUCUAUUUAUUUAUUUAUUUAUUAUUUAUUUACUUAUUUACUUACUUACUUACUUAUUUAUUUGAUUGAUUGAUUGAUUGAUCGAUCGAUCGAUCAAUUUAUUGACUUGUAUCCCUCCAUUUUACAUUUGUGAGUUCUCAAGGUGACCAAGAAAAGUUAAAAAUGGUAACAUUAGCUAGCUGAUAAUUUAAAACCAACACUAAAAUUUAAGCUGUUAUCAAUUAAAUUCUUGAUAAAAUAUGCAUCAGUAGAAAUAUUAAUUCUGGGAGUAGGGGCCAACCACAACUUACGAGGGCCGGGAAAUAAACAAAAGGCCAUUUCCUGCAUGUCAGAAAGAUAAACCAGUGGGAAUAUCUUCAAGACGGCUAUUCCUGCUGGUUCCUUUUUAGUAUGCAUGGUAAUAACAGGCCAAGUGCUACCUUAGAGAGAAAAGUCCUGAGCUGUUUAGGAUUUAAAGGUCAAUUUCAAUACUUUAAAGCACUGGCAACCAAUGUAGAUCUUUCACUAAAGGCAUUGUGUGAUUCUGGUAUCUUGACAGCAGUCUAUCAACUACGUUUGUAUAAUGCAGUACUAGUUCUAUUUUUAAUUUGCAGUUCUAUUUUUUCAAGAAUUGCCCACUAUUGUGUACUGUACUAGUUGAGAUGGGACACAAUCAAGGCACAAAACAGCAUCUCCAAUCCUAGUGGGUCAUAAAUUGUCAUGGCUGGCAUAACAGGUGUGUCAUUGUGAAAAAGCAUUCCUCACUGUAGCAGAUUUUAAAUCAAAUGCCUACAAAUUUAAGACAGCUAAAACUGAGCAAGUCCUCCCACAUUACAAAUCUAGUCUCUCGGGGAAGUGUAGCCUUGUCAUUUGGACACAAUGAGAUACUACAAUUAAUUAAAAAUUGAAGCAUAAGCUUUGUCAUUGAAUUCCCAGAGACCUGAAUAGAGAAGGGGUAUCAGACUAGGUCAGCCUAAAAACUCACAUAUAUAUUAAAUGUGGCAACUUCAACACAGCCAAGUUGAAGAUAUUACUAGCCCACAAUAAGGCAUUCUCCUUUUUAUGCUGAUGUUACAGUGUCAAAAACCAAUCCCUUUUUAAAAGUUAAGGGAUAAUUUGUUUUAUUUUGGGACCAGUUAAUAAAGAACAGAGUAGACAUUCUUAAAUAAUCUCUGUAAUAUAAUUUAUAAUCCCUGCAUCACCUAAUAUGUGGGAUUGAUUUUAGAGCCAGGCCAGUUUCAAGUGUGCAUGUUUCUCCUACACCUCCCAAUAGUGUGAUUUAUUACAUUUAUAUCACCUUUUUAUACUGUAACAUUAUGUUCAUGAUGAUCAGAACUGACAAUAAUGGGUUGUUACAUCUAGAAAUGCUCUAAAUUAUAUAUUUUAGCCAUUUUAUUUUGCUUGUAUCCAAGAGGAGGUCAAUGAAAACUUGUAAAUUCCUUACCCCCAUAGUAAAUUUCAAAUGGCUUUCCUGUACUGGAAUUAUUAUUUUAAGAUGCCAUAUGGCAAGCAAAAGAUGGAUCAAUAGAUUUUAUUCUUAUUUAUGAAGAAGAGUAAAAUAUUGUAAUGUGCAUGCCCUUGUUGUUCAGAGUAAAACAGAAUGACAUGUAUUGGUUUGAUUGUGCUUCACUAGUACUGUAUAUUGAAAGUAAUGCAUUUUUGUGCCUUUGGUGUGAUAUCAUGUAUUUUUAGAGUGAUAAACAAAGGACAUCAUCAAGUUGCUCUUAAGAAUUCCAUUCAGAUCUAUCAUACCAAACACUAAAACAAUCAAAAACAAUCUAGCAUGAUCAUGCAUUAAAUAAGUGAUUUACAAUCAAGAAGUGAGAAUAUUUCUUUUGGAAGAGUAGCAUAAAUCUUUGAACAUCGCAUAAAGAUUGUCAAUUAUUUUAUAUACAGCAUUAUGCAACAGAUCUUUAGCAAUGGUAUAAUUAUUGUAAAUAGCACAAUAUUAAUUUAUGCCCCAAAUUUAAUGUGAUUUAACUAUUUAUUUAUUUAUUUAUUUAUUUAUUUAUUUAUUUAUUUAUUUAUUUAUUUAUUUAUUUAUUGGAUUUGUAUGCCAUUCUUCUCCCGAAGGACUCAGGGCGGCUCACAACAAUAAGAAACAGAAAAUACAAAAGUUAAAAGACAAAUUAAAUCAGAAUAUCCAAUAAAUAAGAUUAAGCGUGGGAAUACAAAUUCAAAUUUAAAAUUUAAGAAUUUAAAAAGCUGCUAAAAUCAAUUUAGGGUCAACCCAGGCCCACCCGCUGGAAGAGCCAGGUCUUCAAGGCCCGGCGGAAGGUUCGGAGAUCGGGGAUUAUCCGGAGCUCCAGGGGUAACGUAUUCCAGAGGGUUGACUGGUGACUGGGGGUCACCAGUCGACAUUGUCUGGCCGAAGGUACCCUGAGGAGGCCAACUCUGUGGGAGCGAACCGGGCAAUGGGAGUCUACCGGUGGCAGGAGGUGGUCUCGCAAAUACUCUGGUCCUAAGCCACGUAGGGCUUUAAAGGUGAUCACCAGCAUCUUGAAUUGCACUUGGAAGACAACCAGGAGCCAAUGCAGACCGCGAAGGAAUGGUAUGACAUGGGAGUACUGAGGUACCCCCAUGACAACCCACGUGGCCACAUUCUGCACCAGUUGAAGUCUCCGAGUGCUCCUCAAGGGCAGCCCCAUGUAAAGUGCAUUGCAGUAGUCCAAACGAGAGGUGAUGAGGGCAUGAGUAACUGUAAGGCAUCUCGGUCCAAAAAGGGGCGCAAUUGGCGAACCAGGUGAACCUGGACAAAGGUUCCCCUGGCUCCGGCAGUCAAAUGAUCUUCUGAGUUGUCUUCAUAUUUCCUGGUAUCUCACACAAAUAUGGCUUUCAUAGUGCCAAGAUAAAAGCAACACACAUGCCUUCUGUUCCUGUUGGAGGUACAUGCCUGUUGAGGUACAUGCCAUUUGCAUAUGGGCAACACAGGAUUUAUGUAGUUUGUUGACGGCAAAGUGAGUUGUGCCCAGAAUAUUUUGGGAGGUGUUUCAAUAGUUUUGAAAGAGAAAUAGGGGCCUUAAACAUCUGUAAUGUGUGAAGAAUCUAUUUUGCUUCCUUGCCUUCCCAUGUGCAAAGUUUGGGUCCUUUCUACUUUACAAGCUUUAGGAAAUAUAAAAGAGCUACUAAAGGUAGGAGUCUGCAAAUUUUACUCUGCUAGUCAUUGUCAGCUAUAGGGGGCAGUGCUCAUCUGUUUAUAGGCCAUUGAACCAGUGCUGUCCAAAGACAUUUUUAUGGUCAUGUGGCCAGCAUGAAGUCAUGGAGCAUUGGAGCACUGUUACCUUCCCACUGAAGUGGUACCUAUUGAUCUACUUGCAUUUGUAUGCUUUCAAACUAUUAAGUUGGCAGGAGCUGGGGCAAGGACGGGAGCUCAUACUGUCAUGUGGAACUCAGGUCUCGAACCUAGCUGACUUUCCAGCUGACAAGCUCAGCGUCUUAAUCUCUGAGCCACCACGCCACCUGCUAAUGAACUGUUUAUUUAUUCAUUUGUUUAUUUAAUUUAUCAAAUUUAGAGAUUUAGCAACUGCCCAUCUCUCAGAACCAUUCUUUUUGGACCAGUGGUGGAGGCAUUUCCCUCACUUCAGUUGAAGGAUGCAUCCAUCCUCAUACAACUUUCCACCUUAAAGAGAUUCCAAUUUUGUUUUUAUAAUAUCUAUUAAAAUAUAGAAUUCAGAAUAAAUGUCUGCUAAACUCCUCAGUGAGGUUUUCUUCAGCUAAACAUUUCCCUAAUUGUGAUUUAGUGAUGCCGUGUAAAAUUUCCUAUGGAGAUCUUAAUCUUGUUGAUUUUGAUUGGCAAAGUAAAAUCAUUAUGUAUUCAGUCAUAAAAAGGGGUAUUCAGAAUCAGAGACUUAACAUGUACAGUAUUUUAAUAUAUUUAUAUUAUCUCUGAUAUUAAUAUUUCAAAAGUCUAGCAGGCAUUAAGCUCUCUUUCUAACAAAACAGGUCCAUAAUAACCAUGUUUUAUAUCUGCUGUAUCUCUGGUGAAAAAUUUAUAUAUUUUAAAAUAUAAUUUCAACUGGGUAAAAUUACACAAUCAGUAAUAUAGUACCUGUGGAAGAACUAAGCAUUGUUUUAUUUGCUACUUAACCAAAGAAUGUAUUUCAAAAAUAUUUUCCUCAACUGGAUAAAAAUAUUUUGCUUGUUUUGCCCUACUUGUCCAUUUGCACUUAUGAAUGACUUGAUCAUUGUAACGCACUUAUCAAACAUUAAAUGUUAAUAAAAUAAAAUGUUAAUAAAGUACUAAUGGAAAUGGCCAUUCUUUUAUUAAUAAAAUACAUUAAUGUA